UGCAAUAAUCUCCAUUAUAGAAAUUUAAGUAGAACUGUUAAGUCGGAGACGUUUAUAUUCCUUGCUUCUUUCUCUUACUCUCUUUCUUUCUAUUAGUCACUGACAAUUAUUUUAGUACUUUGUAUGUCUUUCUUCCCUCUCUUCAACAUCCUUUUCAUGAGUGACUUCAAGGAUUUCUGCAAAGGAAGUAUCACCAUUCCAGUUCUACAUGAAAGAAUCCCCAGGGAAAAAUAUCAGAGAGCUGCACUUGCUGUGAAAGUUGUUUGUCAAAGAUGGAAGCAGAAUGUUAAGAAGCAAUGCUAACAUUUUGUUGGCUCUUCGUGUUGCUAAUGAACAGAGUGGCAGCCACGGAUGUUAGUGUCACAGGAUGCCUCCACAAGCACACUGAUGCAAGGUACCGGGCCAUCAGUGGCCAGAAGUUUGUUGUAUCCUGUGAUCCACCAUCUGAAGACCCUGCUUCAAUUUUCAGCUCUUCCCAUCUACAGGAAAGCUGGGUGCAGUGGUUCUGGCAGUCAAGCGAUGGGGAAGUCACAGUGCUUAAGCAGAAUGGAAACUCCAACCUCACACUUCAGGGCAAUGUCCUUUGGUUUAAUCCAAUAACGGUUCAACAUUCCGGAAGAUACAUCUGCGUGAAUAGGGGGAAAAAAUUGCCAUGUGUCAAUAUACAUAUAGUGGUUCAAACAGAGAAGAUGGCUCAGUGUUCAGAUAAGUUACUGAAUGACAUAAAGCUACUAGUUGGACAAGGGACAUCUAUUGCUUGCCCAGGGAAAAGUUGCUUCGGGAAUCUUUCGCACUCAGUUAAAUGGUACAAGAAUGGAGCAAAAGUAAGAGUUCGAACUGACAUAAGACCAGGCCUGAAAAUUAAGCACAAUAAAAUAGAACUACGUUCUGUCUAUGACAAAGAUAAUGGUACUUACACAUGUGAUUACACACUGACUGACAACAAUACCAAGUGGACAAUGAGAACAUUAAUAGAUGUGACCAUUAUCUCAAAACCCACUAUAAAUCCUCCAAAAGUCCUGGAUCCCAGUGAUGUAAGGACUCUCGAAGUAGAACUUGGGAAACAGUUUGAGCUUAAAUGCGAAGCCCAGUUUGGUUUUGAAAUGAGUGCUUCAUCAUCAAUGCGAUGGUUAAAAAAAACCAGCAAAAAUGAACAACAGCUGCAGCUAAAAAGGGUCAAUCCAAAGGGACUAGAAGGCCAAAUCUUUAGUCUUGUUUUCAAGCUGAAGGAAGUAGCUGAAGAAGAUUUAAGCAGUCACUUCAUCUGCCUGGCUCAAAACUCGGUUGGAAACUCUACAGGCAUGUUCAAGCUUAGGAAAAAGAAAGAGAAAGCUCUCCAUUUCUUGCUCACUUUAUGUUGCACCAUUAUCUUUCUACUUGGAGUCAUUUUGGGAGGUACUCUGACUUACUGGCACUGGAUUGAACUGGUGCUGUUUUAUCGGAAUUACCUGGCCAAAGAUGAAACUCUGAAUGAUUGCAAGGAAUUUGAUGCAUUCGUGUCCUAUGCAAAACCAGAAACCCCUGAAGCAAAUCAAGAACUAUAUAAUGAGGAACAGUUUGCCAUAGAGUUUCUCCCUCAGGUUUUAGAAAAUGAAUAUGGAUAUAAGCUAUGUCUCUCUGAACGGGACAUCCUUCCAGGAGGAGCAUAUACUGAUGAUAUUGUAAAUGCCAUCAAAAAGAGCCGGCGAGCAAUAAUGAUCUUAAGCACAAGCUAUGUCAAAAACGAACAGGCCCUCUUUGAACUUGAAGCAGCAGUCAAUGCUGUGCUGGAAGAUAAGACUAUAAAACUCAUCCUGAUUCAGUUUGAGUCUUUCCAGAAGCCAGAAUCGUUACCUCAAAAGGUGAAGAAAGCUCUCAGGAUUUUGCCCAGGAUUACUUGGAAAACAGCUAGUUCUCCCACUGCUAAUAAGCAAUUUUGGAAAAAACUGCAGUAUUACAUGCCAGUGAAACAUAAAAGAGGAGCUCAGGACAAAUGGUUUUCAUUCCCCCACUUAAACUGGACAAUGUGUUUUUCUGUGAAAUCUGCCACUUUACUAAGGCUUCUGCGUCUGGAUUCUUUGUGAGAUUGAAAGAAGACCAGUACCCUCUGCCCCAGACUCCUUUUCCUUCCCUACUUUAAGUUUCUAUGUGUUCUCUCACAUAACUUUUAGGUGGCACUGCAGUAUAGCAGCAUUGCACAACUACACUAGGGUUCCAUUUUGUCAGUACCAAUCUUCCCGUGAUUAAAACGAAACCAAAAACUGUUGCAAAGAACAGGAGAGGAUGAUGAUGUCAUGCAAAGCACCCACAAAAUACUGGGCAGGAAGACUCAGGAGUGCACAAUAAAUGCCUGAACAAGAAAGGCUUCAUGGAAUGGAGCAUCAUCUGGGAAACAACUUUCCUCCACAGAAAAUUUUUCAGAGGAUGAGCUGUGGUUUUUGCACAGAAAAGCUUCUCCAUUGCUGUAAAAGGUUAUGGAAUUGUAGGAUUAGAAAAGCCCUAUUCCUGAUGCUUUAGAGCUAUUGACAAUUUGAGUAUCGGGCUAGCUAGCCCAGUGGGCAUACUUAAAUUCUGUACAAGAUUAGUUAGCUCCACUAAAACCAAAGAUGUCACCAAGACCCAUGGAAAAAAUGGUCUAGGGAUGGGCUCUGUGAUCCAUUUCUGGAAUGCCCCCAGGAACCAGUGCUUGAAGGCACCUGCCUACUUCUGAAGACCUAAAGAUGUGAUUUUUAUGACAGGUCCUUAGAGUAAGUGUUAUCUCUUUUUUACUGAUAAUUCAAGCUAACAGAAUGCAGGAUGUCAGGUUUCUUCAGCAAGAGAGUGGACAGGAGGAGUGGGAAGGACCAGAAACGAGGACCAGAAAGUUGUAUAUCCAUGUACUACAAUUAUACAUUUUGUAGUACCACAAAUUCUGAACAGGGCUUAACUGCUGCGCACCACAGUGCACCCUGACAUCAUGAUGGGAAGAACCAGGAUGCCUGAGUAACGCUUUCAACAAACACGCAAACCUAUUGGUCAAAUAUCUUCAUGAGCUGAAGCCUCCAACAGGGAUAUGGAAGACUUUGGAGAGAUCUCUCUGACAUGCCCAACACAUUUUGUUAUACCUUUUCCUCACGGAAAAUCAAUGUAACUUGUUAGGAUGCUCUCCAUAAAGCAUAUCACAUGUUUAAAGGCCUUUUAGCACUCCCUUCCUGCUCUGCUCACUUCUCUUUAUUUUAAUGAAUACUCUGACACAGUUUUCCUAUCACAUCACCCAUCCCUGAUGGGUGGCAGAGUUCAUGGAAACACAGAGCAGAGAUAAUUACAAACCAGGAUAUAUGAAAGGGGAGCGGUUGGCAAAUAUUGUAACCUUUUCUGAAAACUUGCAAACCUAGUGCAUACCAUGGAAAUCUGUUCCAGAGGCUACUGCAGAAGCUACUUCCAGAGGGCUCUUUUCCCCCUUAACUCUCUCUCUCUCUCUCUCUCUCUCUCUCUCUCUGUACGUGUGUGUGUGUGUGUGUGUGUGUGCACGUGUUUGCACGCGCUAUCCUUCUCAUUUCAAGCAAAGACUGUAAGUGAUGGUUUUGUACUGGAAGUGAUUCUAUGGAUUGGGUGCUGUUUUUAUUCUCUGAUUGCUAUGUUUUUAUUUAUUUUAAGGUAUGUUAUUGUUUAAAUAUAUUUAAGUUAUAUUUGUUUUUGUUUGUUUGUUUUGUAAGCCAUCCAGAGACUUUUAAUAUUGGGGCGGCAUAUAAAAACUUUAAAAUAAAAUAAAAUAAAAUAAAAUAAAAUAGUUGUUUUUGUAAGCCCCCUUGACUUUCACUGUUUGGUAGAAUGAUGGGGUUUAAAUCUAUCAAACAAACAAGUAAGAGUUUGCAUUCAAACACAUAAAAUUUGUCCAGGAGUCUUUCAGAGAUGUGAAAGUGACAGGGUGGUUUUUGAAUGAUGAUCACAAUGCAACACAUGACAGUGAGUUCUAAUUUCUGUGACACUUGUAUUAAAUGGUUGUGUAGUAAAACCAAAAUGAUCACAGAUGAACACAGGUCAGUGAAGACAUGGGGAUGUGGACUUGUAUGUGGCAAUUUAUUAAAGAGAACUGGGUUGCCAUGAGUACUUGAAAUUUCACCUUGUUGCAUGUACAAUAAGAGAACAUAAAUAAAAAUGUUAUUCCCAA